GGUCCCCGGACAGUUUCGAGGCCGAUUACGACGACGUCUCCCUGGCGGAGCCGGAACCGCCCAGCAAACCCGGCACAGUUUAUUCCCUGGCGGGCUCUCCAAGCCCCUCCCAGCCGGGCCCUCCCCCCUCCUGCGGCGCCGUCGCUUUUCCAGCGGGGCCGGAGCCCAAAAAGCGGGAUUGGGAUCGGCAUUCCCGGGGGCUGGGCCGGGCUGGGGCCGUCCUGUCCGUCCUGCUGGGGCUGAGCAUCCUGGCUGGGACCCUCCUGCUCGGGCUGGCCAUGGAAAAACACAGAGAAAUUAUGGCAGAAUUGAAGCUCCUGAAGUCGAACUGCUCGGAAAACCAGGAAUCCGUGUGGCGGGCGCUGGGGGCGGCGCAGCAGCAGCGGACGCGGCUCCGGACGUGGAUCCAGCGGCACUUCCAGGAGCUCCAGGACGUCGCAGGGCUGCUGUGCCGGACCCUGGAGGGCUCCCGGCGCUGCUCUGCGGGCUGGAGGAUGUUUGGGAAGAGCUGCUACUCCUUUUCCUGGGAAUCCUUGAGCUGGGGGGACGCCCGGGACGCCUGCGCCGACCUCGGAGCCCACCUGGUGGUCGUCGACUCCGAGGGGGAGCAG